CCAAUCCCCAGUGCCUGUCCCAACCCCCCUUCCAGGCCCAGCCCAAUCCCCUGUGCGUGUCCCAACCCCCAACCCAGCCUCAGUCCCAACCUCAGCUCCAGCUCUCGUUGUGGGAAGACCACUGCCCGUCAGCCCUGGUUCGUCUCUGGUGGAUCCUGGAUUUAUCUCCUCGCAUGGCAGGACAGGAAAUGAUGUAGCAGCGAUACAAGGCCGGGUUGCAAUGGGGAAUAAUGGAGGCCCCUCCAGCUCUACUCCCAAGACAGCUGGACCCCAGGGGAGGAGCGGAACGAUCAGCCCCGCCAAGGGUCCUUCAUCCCUGGGAAGCCCCAUAUACUUGACCGAUCAGGUCAGCCUCUCGGAGCAGAGCUGCAAGGAGAAGGACAGUGGGCUUUGCCGGUCCAUGCUGGAGGGGCAUGUGGCUGCUGACAGCCGGCAGAAUGAGAUGGAAAGGCUGGUCGACGAGUGUAGAACAGCACUGGGUCUCAGCCCUAGUCAGUAUGCAGCACUGAGCAAUGCUGAUGUGCUGAAGCGUCUGCUGGUGGAGCGCCAGGAGUUGACCUCUGAGGUCCAGAGUCUGAGGGAGACCACUGAGGCAGAGAGAGGGGAGUGGCGGCAGUUCCAGGCUGACCUGCAGGUGGCAGUAGCGGUGGCCGAUCGGCUGAGGGCAGAGGCAGAGGAAGAACUGAGUGUGCUCAGAGUGGCACAGAAGGAUACUGAGCAUGAGUUGGCGGCGGCCCAGCAGAGACAAAAAGAGACUGAUGAGCAGCUGGUUGCCCUGAGAGGAGAGCUGAGGGAGUGCAGACAGAAGCUGGCCCACCUCAGCCAGAACCAGGGGGAAGGACAGGCCCAACCUCAAGACAAGAACCAGAGGCAGGAAAAUAUCCGGAGCAAAGACCGUGCUAGUGGGCAGACCGACGCCCCUGAUUCCCAGGACGGGACACAUCGAGGCAGGGAGAGAGGGAUCAGAAGAGAGGGCAGAGGAAGAGAACAUGAAGAGACAGAGAAGAGAACCUGGGGAGAAGAGAUUAAGAAUGUGGUUGGGGAAGAUGCUUCGACUGACACCAAGGGCGUGACAAACAGGUACUUGAGGAAUGUGACCAAUGAGGAGAGAAGUGGAGCGGAGGGGUGUGGCGUGAGAGAGACGCGGAGGGCAGUCACACAGGAGAGGUCUCGAAGCCUCUCCAGACUGCCGGUGUCUUCAGACUCCUCUGCUAUACAGAAUGGAACAUUACAGUCCACUACUGCCACAAAAGCUGGAUCUGCAAACAAGAGUCAAACCAUAGGUAGACGAGUGGUGGAACACCAUGACAGCUGGUCCAGCACUCACACAGAGAAACCGGAGGAGGUCUUGAACCAGUGCAACUCCUCCCUGACCGACUCGCUCCCUAACCCGGCUCCUAAGACCAGGUCUCUGGAUGGCCUGAGCCUGCUGCUCCGUCGCCAUGGAGGCUCCAAGAGGAACUCGCUGCUGCGUUGGUGUCAGAGUCGCACACAGGGUUACAAGAAUAUUGACAUCACUAACUUCAGCAGUAGUUGGGCCGAUGGUCUGGCCUUCUGUGCCGUCUACCACACCUACCUCCCCUCACAUAUCCCUUACAGUACGCUUGGCCCCGACAGCAAGAGGGAGAACCUCAGCCUGGCAUUUAAGACUGGAGAGAAUGUUGGAAUCCCAACAUCACUGACUGUGGAGGAGAUGCUGAGGCCUGGAGGACCAGACUGGCAAAGGGUUCUGGGAUAUGUGGAGAGUGUGUACCGUCACUUUGAGAUGUAAGGCCCGAUGACCGUGUGUGUGGAUGGUUCACCGCUGAUUGAAGACUGUAGAGUGCCAAUCUUACUCUUCCACUAGCUGUGAGGGUCAGUAUUGGCCUUAUAGACAAAAUGUGACUUAAACAGAACAACAGAGCCCCUUCUGGUCAAGAGUGCAUGCAGAGCUUGUCUGCUGUAAACGUGUCCACACUGUGGCAGUGACUGACAGUCGCUGUUUUUCGGCUCUUUAUGACCUAACUUGCCUUUCUCUCCAAAGUUUUUCCCUCAGGACCAUCUAAAGCUGGUGGUUUGUGUGCAGUGCCUUUAAAAAUGUUCAGGUUUUCUGUUUUUAGCACUCUGUACAUAUGCACUUUUUAUAAGCACUUUGAUAGUUGUUAUUUAAAAGGAAUGGAUGCAGUCUCGCUCUAGGAAUUAGCUGGUGCCCGUAUGUAACUGAAAUGUGAACACUGACUAUGUUGCCAAAGAUAAAUAAGAAUAAAUAAAAUUGUCAAUAAAAAGCUAUGUUGUCUGUUAGUUCUGUACAGUGAAUGAGCUGCUUUAAUUGAGUGCUGUGACUAGGGAAAUCAGAGAUGAGGCCUUGUUUCUAUAGCCUUUGUCUCCAUCUACUGAGAGGUACAGUACACUACAAAACACCAUGUCUAUCUCAUAGCUUUCUAUCUCAGCAUGUCUAUCUCAUAGCUUUCUAUUGACUUGGGAUAAAAUAAGUGCAGGAACUGCAAAAUCGCACAUUAGACCAUGUUCAUCAAAAUAUUUGUCCUAAAUAAGGCUUGCUCUUUUGCCUAUAAAACGAACCCGAAUCGUGCGAGACGACCAAAAACUUUGCCUGACCUGGAAGCAUUUUGCCAAGACGAAUGGGCAGCCAUACCACCUAAAAGGAUU